GAAGAGUAUGACCGACGAUACGAGUCUGCAGAUCCAUCUUUUCUUUCAGACUUUCGGCGAUUCAAACACCCAUCGCGUGUGUGGAGACUAGAGACUAGAGAGAGAAUCAAAUGAGGCCUCAAAUAGUAUUAUUUGGGGAUUCAAUAACAGACCAAUCCUUCAGAUAUGGUGGAUGGGGUGCUUCUCUAACCGAUGCUUACUCUCGCAAGGCUGAUAUAGUGGUCCGAGGGUAUGGCGGAUACAACACUAGAUGGGCUUUGUUCUUGUUGAACCACAUUUUCCCUCUGUGUUUUGUGCAGGAUUCUACCACCCCUCCUAUUGCUACUACAGUCUUUUUUGGUGCUAAUGAUGCUGCACUUUCAGGGAGGACAAGCGAACGCCAACAUGUCCCCCUAGAAGAAUACAAAGAAAAUUUGAGAAAAAUUGUUCAUCAUUUAAAGGAAUGCUCCCCCACAAUGCUAAUAGUGCUUAUAACUCCCCCACCAGUUGACGAAGAAGGGCGUCUAGAAUAUGCAAAAUCUUUAUAUGGUGAAAAAGCAAUGAAAAUUCCUGAAAGGACAAAUGAAGUCACAAGAACUUAUGUAAAUGGUUGUGUUGAGGUGGCUAAGGAACUCGGUGUUGCUUCAGUCAACAUAUGGUCCAAGAUGCAAGAAACACAGGGAUGGCAGAAAAAGUUUCUUAGUGAUGGACUGCAUCUAACAGGAGAUGGGAAUAGGGUUGUUUACGAAGAAGUUAUAAAAGUAUUGAAUGGAGCUUGGCUUUCUGCCUCUGAAAUGCCUCUUGAUUUCCCCCAUCACUCACAGAUUGAUCCUCACAACCCUGAAAAGGCUUUCCAGCAAAGAUGCUUGUAAUAAUAGUAUAGUACUAACAUCAAUCUUUUUCUUUUUAUAUUAUAUUUUCUUCACAAUUUGUACUUGUUUUGAGGAAUCCAUGAAUUAGAGGAGUAUGUGGGUGUUUAAA